AGGUCUGAGCCAGUGGUGGAGCGGAGGCGCGCGGAGCCGGCAGGAGCACGCGGGAGCGCGGCCCCGCAGCAGUCGGGACCGCAGGAGCUGAGCAGCGUCGCGACCCCAGCCCCAGCGUAGACUACGCCACAGCGCAGACUCGGCCCCGGGCGUGGACCCCAGCCUCGGAGCGCGGCUUCGCCCGCCGCUCCCGGUCGGGCCACCGGCCGCGGGCAUGGAUGGUGCCCGCUCGCCCUAAAUGGACGGCGAUGGCGGCGGCCGAGACGCCCCCGGCGCGCUGAUGGAGGCCGGGCGCGGCGCGGGGCCGGCGGGCAUGGCGGAGCCGCGGGUAAAGGCGACGCGGCCCGGGCCCCAGCGCUUCCUGCGGCGCAGCGUGGUGGAGUCGGACCAGGAGGAGCCGCCGGGCCUAGAGGCGGCCGAGGCAGCCCCUGCGCAGCCCCCGCAACCCCUGCAGCGCCGGGUGCUCCUGCUCUGCAAGACUCGCCGCCUCAUCGCCGAGCGCGCCCGCGGCCGCCCUACCGCCCCCGCUCCCGCCGCGCCCGCCUCGCAGCCCGGCGCCCCCUUGGACCCGGGUCCGGAGCCUGCGGGCGAGCAGGAGCCCAGCCCGGACCCCGUUGUCGCCGCUGCUGCCGCCGAGGCCCCCGACUGCGGCCCGCGGGAAGAGGAGGAGGGAGCGGCGGCCGCGAAGCAGGAGGACGACGGAGCUACCGAGGCGAAGCCUGAGCCUGGGCGUGCUCGUAAGGAUGAGCCUGAAGAGGAAGAUGACGAUGAGGACGACCUCAAGGCCGUGGCCACCUCCCUGGAUGGCCGCUUCCUUAAGUUCGACAUCGAGCUGGGCCGGGGUUCCUUCAAGACGGUGUACAAAGGACUGGACACCGAGACCUGGGUGGAGGUGGCCUGGUGUGAACUGCAGGAUCGAAAGCUCACCAAGCUGGAGCGGCAGAGGUUCAAGGAGGAGGCGGAGAUGCUGAAAGGCCUGCAGCACCCCAACAUUGUGCGGUUCUAUGACUUCUGGGAGUCCAGUGCCAAGGGCAAGCGAUGCAUCGUGCUGGUGACUGAGCUGAUGACCUCAGGGACCCUGAAGACGUACCUGAAACGGUUCAAGGUGAUGAAGCCCAAGGUGCUGCGCAGCUGGUGCCGGCAGAUCCUGAAGGGCCUGAUGUUCCUGCACACGAGGACACCACCCAUCAUCCACCGAGACCUGAAAUGUGACAACAUCUUUAUCACUGGGCCCACUGGGUCUGUGAAGAUUGGUGACUUGGGCCUGGCCACUCUCAAAAGAGCGUCCUUCGCCAAAAGUGUGAUAGGUACACCUGAGUUCAUGGCACCAGAAAUGUAUGAGGAGCACUACGAUGAGUCUGUGGACGUCUACGCCUUUGGGAUGUGCAUGCUGGAGAUGGCUACUUCGGAGUACCCCUACUCGGAGUGCCAGAAUGCUGCCCAGAUCUACCGAAAGGUCACCUGUGGCAUCAAGCCUGCCAGCUUUGAGAAAGUGCAUGAUCCUGAAAUCAAGGAGAUUAUUGGGGAGUGCAUCUGCAAGAACAAGGAGGAAAGGUACGAGAUCAAAGACCUGCUGAGCCAUGCCUUCUUUGCUGAGGACACUGGUGUCAGGGUGGAACUGGCAGAGGAGGACCACGGCAGGAAGUCUACCAUUGCCCUGCGGCUCUGGGUAGAAGACCCCAAGAAGCUGAAGGGCAAGCCCAAGGACAACGGAGCCAUAGAGUUCACCUUCGACUUAGAGAAGGAGACCCCUGAUGAGGUGGCCCAGGAAAUGAUCGACUCUGGAUUCUUUCAUGAAAGUGACGUGAAGAUUGUGGCCAAGUCCAUUCGUGACCGUGUGGCACUGAUCCAAUGGCGGCGGGAGAGGAUCUGGCCCGCACUACAGUCCCAGGAGCCAAGGGACUCAGGCAGCCCUGACAAGGCCAGGGGUCCACCUGCACCCCUUCAGGUCCAGGUGACCUAUCAUGGGCAGGCUGGGCAGCCUGGGCCACCCGAGCCUGAGGAGCCAGAGGCUGACCAGCACCUUCUCCCUGCAACGCUGCCUACCAGUGCCACCUCCCUGGCCUCGGACAGCACAUUUGACAGUGGCCAAGGCUCCACGGUGUACUCAGACUCACAGAGCAGCCAGCAGAGCAUGGUCCUUGGUUCCCUUGUGGAUGCAACUCCAUCCCUGGUGCCGUGCGUGUGCAGCCCUCCAGUGAGUGAGGGGCCCGGACUGGCGCACAGCUUGCCCUCACUGGGGGCCUUCCAACAGCCUGCCGCCACGCAGCAUUUCCCGGAGCCUAUGAUGAGUUUUGCUCCUGUGCUGCCACCACCCAGUGCCCCUGUGCCCGCAGGCCCUGGCCAUCCAGUGCCCCCUGCCCAGCAGCCUCCUCCAAUGGCCCAGCCACCAGCCCUGCCGCAGGUCCUGGCCCAGCAGCCCUUGGGUGCUGUCCAGCCAGUGCCCCCCCACCUGCCUCCAUACCUGGCCCCAGCCUCCCAGGUCGUGGCCCCUACUCAGCUGAAGCCCCUCCAGAUGCCACAACCACCCCUGCAGGCGCUUGCUCAAGUCCCUCCGCAGAUGCCCACGAUGCCAGUGGUUCCUCCCAUCACGCCACUGGGAGCAAUUGAUGGCCUCCCCCAGGCCCUCACUGACCUGCCAGCUGCAAAUGUGGCUCCUGUGCCGCCACCUCAGUAUUUCUCUCCCUCUGUGAUCUUGCCAAACCUCACCACCCCCCUCCCUGCAUCCCCUGCCCUGCCUCUGCAAGCAGUCAAGCUGCCCCAUCCCACCGGGGCACCCCUGGGCAUGCCCUGCCAGACCAUCGUGCCAAAUGCACCAGCCACCAUCCCUCUUCUGGCCGUGGCCCCACAGGGCAUGGCUGCCCUGUCCAUCCAUCCUGGAGUGGCCCAGCUUCCGGCCCAGCUCCCAACACAGCUCCCGGCACAGCUCCCAGCGCAGCCAGUAUACCCGGCAGCCUUUCCACAGAUGGUGCCUGGGGACAUCCCACCUUCCCCCCACCACACAGUGCAGAGCUUACGGGCCACCCCUCUGCAGCCAGGACCACCUGUGCCCACAGUGCCGCCCAUGCCCACAAUGCCACCUGUGCCCACACCCACACCUCAGCCCCUCCUGCCCAGUGUUACCCACUUGCCUGAGCAAGUGGCUCCAGCUGCCGCCGCCACAGGGAGCCAGGUCCUGCUGGGCCAUCUGCCUCCGUACACCGUGGAUGUUGCUGUUCCAGUCCCCGCUGUGCCCCUGCCACCUGCUGUCCUCUCCCCACCUCUUCCGGACGUGCUGCCGCCUGCUGCCCCCGAGCUGCUGCCCAAGUUCCCCAGCUCCCUAGCCCCCGCAGUGGUGGCAGCCCCUCAGAGUGUGACCACCCAGACCAGUGCACUCCUGCAGCCAGCAGUCCUGCCACUGCCUGCUGGGCCCCUGAUUCCUGGCCCCUGCCCAGCUGUCCAGCUGAUGGUGGAACCUGCCCAAGAGGAGCAAGCCUCGCAGGACAAGCCUCCCGGCCCCCUGCAGAGCUGUGAGAGCUUUGGUGGUUCCGAUGUCACUUCUGGAAAAGAGCUGAGUGAUGGCUGUGAAGGCGCCUUUGGAGGGGGCAGGCUGGAGGGCAGGGCUGCCCGGAGACACCACCGCAGGUCCACUCGUGCCCGCUCCCGGCAGGAAAGGACUGCCCGGCCCCGGCUCACCAUCCUGAAUGUGUGCAACACAGGGGACAAGAUGGUGGAAUGCCAGCUAGAGACACAUAACCACAAGAUGGUGACCUUCAAGUUUGACUUGGAUGGGGACGCACCUGAUGAGAUUGCCACGUACAUGGUGGAGCAUGACUUCAUCCUGCCGGCUGAGCGGGAGACAUUUAUUGAGCAGAUGAAGGAUGUUAUGGACAAGGCGGAGGACAUGCUCAGUGAGGACACGGAUGCUGACCAGGGCUCCGAUGCAGGGGCCAGUCCGCCGCCCCUGGGCACCUGUGGCCUGGUGGAGGGGGAGGAGGGCAGACAGUCCCCAGCAAACGCCCCUGUGUACCAGCAGAACGUGCUACACACAGGGAAGAGGUGGUUUAUCAUCUGUCCGGUGGCUGAACACCCAGCAGCCGAUGUCCCUGAAUCAUCACCCCCACUUCCUGUCAGCUCCCUGAAACCAGAAGCCAGCCAAGACCCAGCACUUUACACAGACCAGUUUUUAAAGGAACAACCCAGCUUCCCAGCUGGCCAGCAGCUCCUGAGCCAGGCAGACCCCAGUGACCCUCCGGGUGGGACACCAGCCCCUUUGGCACCACCCUCAUCUCCCGUAACUGUGGUGCCCCAAGAUGCAGCAGCACCAGCCAGCACUGUGCCAGAGCCAGCAGCAGGGACUGCCAUCCAGGCAGAGGGUCCAGGGACCUCUCAGGGGCCAGCCAGUGAGCAUGAAACUACCCAGCCACUGGCCGAAACUCAUGAUACCCAGCAUGCCACACAGCCCCUCAGCACAGGCCAAGGACCUUCCACCUUGCCUCCAAAGGUCUCCAGUUGUCCCACAGGUUUAGGGGAGCCCUCCUCAAACAGGGAGAUCAGUACUCCAGGGGAGCCACUGCCUGCUGUGGUGCCAGGGCCCUGCCCCCCCGGUGGGCCCCUGCAGCCUGCUGUGGGUCAGCCACCACCUCCACUCCCCACCGCAGUGGGGGCCAUUGGCCUGGCUGUCCCCCAGCUCCCCAGCCCCCCACUGGGGCCUGCUACCACCCCCCCACCGCCGUUGGCCCUGGAGUCAGAUGGAGAAGGGCCGCCCCCUAGGGUGGGCUUCGUGGACAACACCAUCAAGAGCCUGGAUGAGAAGCUUCGGACUCUGCUGUACCAGGAGCACGUGCCUACCUCCUCAGCCUCAGCCGGGACCCCUGUGGAGGCAGGCGACAGAGACUUCUCCUUGGAACCCCCAAGAGGAGAUGGACCCCACAGGGAAGCCUUGGGGGCAGAUCUCACCCGGCCACCCCAGCCCUCAUUGGAAAAAUCAGAGACAACCCCUGCAGGAUGGGGCCCAGUGGAGCAGGAGCAGGAGCAGGGUGCCUCUUCUCCAAUGACAGCAGAGUCGUCUUCCAGCAACACACUGGGCUGUGACAGUGAUGGACAGGUGGCCUCAGACCCGCCUGCACCACCCAGUGCCCCCAAGGCUGUUCCUGCUUCUGCAAGCCCUGCAUGCAUACAGCCCACAGGCCAGAAGGGCAGGGUCCCCAGGGAAGCCUCAGAAGAGCCCACACAGAGCCACCUGGGGAUAGUCACAGAAGGUGGCCAACUCAGCUGCCCCCAGACACAUGGCACUCGGACCUCGGGGUCCUCCCGGAAGCGGCCAGGGCAGCAGGAGGGCAGCUCACCAGCCAAGACCGUGGGCCGCUUCUCAGUGGUGAGCUCACAGGAUGAGUGGACGCUGGCCUCCCCCCACAGCCUGAGGUACUCUGCCCCGCCUGACGUCUACCUGGAUGAGCUCCCCUCCACCCCUGAUGUGAAGCUGGCUGUGCGGCGGGUGCAGACGGCCUCCUCCAUCGAGGUCGGUGUGGGCGAGCCUGCAUCCAGUGACUCUGGGGACGAGUGCCUGAGGAGGAGGCCCCCGGUGCAGAAGCAGUCCUCCCUGCCCAGUGCUGGUGCUGUGGCCAGUGACUUGGUGAAGAAGGCCACCGCCUUCCUGCACAGGUCCUCCAGGGCCGGAUCCCUGGACCCUGAGACACCCAGCAGGGCAAGUGUGAAGGUCCCCACCAUCAGCGUCACCUCCUUCCACUCUCAGUCAUCCUACAUCAGCAGCGACAAUGACUCGGAGUUUGAGGACGCUGACAUCAAGAAGGAGCUACGCAGUCUGCGGGAGAAGCACCUGAAGGAGAUCUCAGAGCUACAGAGCCAGCAGAAGCAGGAGAUUGAGGCUCUGUACUGCCGCCUGGGCAAGCCACUUCCACCCAACGUGGGCUUCUUCCACACGGCGCCCCCCACUGGCCGUCGGAGAAAAACCAGCAAGGGCAAGCUGAAGGCUGGCAAGCUGCUCAACCCGCUGGUACAGCAGCUCAAGGUCGUGGCCUCUAGCACAGGUCACUUGUCUGACUCCAGCAGAGACCCUCCCGCUAAGGACCCUGCCCACGCCAGCACGCCCCCAUGUGCGAAGGCAGUUCAAACCCAGCAGCCCUGCUCCGUCCGAGCCUCCCUGUCCACAGACAUCUGCUCCGGCUUAGCCAGUGACGGAGGCGGAGCUCGUGGCCAAGGCUGGACGGUUUACCACCCAACGUCUGAGAGGGGGACCUAUAAGUCUAGUAGCAAGCCUCGUGCUCGAUUCCUCAGUGGACCCGUAUCUGUGUCCAUCUGGUCAGCCCUGAAGCGUCUCUGCCUAGGCAAAGAACACAGCAGUAGGUCCUCCACCAGCAGCCUGGCCCCAGGCCCCGAGCCAGGUCCCCAGCCCACCCUGCACAUCCAGACGCAGGUGAACAAUAGCAACAACAAGAAAGGGACCUUCACCGAUGACCUGCACAAGCUGGUGGAUGAGUGGACGACCAACACGGCGGGGGCAGCGCAGCUGAAGCCCACGCUCAACCAGCUAAAGCAGACACAGAAGCUGCACGGCAUGGAGACCCCCGGCGAGGCGCGGGCUAUGACCAUACCUCGAGUAGGAGUGGCAAUGCCGUAUCUGGCACCAGCACCUGGCCCUCUGUCCACUGCAGCCAUUCCCGGAGCCAUCUUGGCCCUGCCUGUGCCCACACCAGGUACUGCCCACGCUAGCCUCCCAAGCCCACCCUGUGCACGACUCCUGGGUCAGUAUGGAGGCCUGUGCCCAGCUCCAGUGCCCUGGGGACCCUGGGAAGCCCAGGGGAGCCCACCAGGGGUUUGGGGCACCUGGAACCCUGCCCAGGUACCUGUGCUGCCUGUGUUCCUGCGGCCACCUGCUGUCAGCACCCCCAGCCACCAGCUGCACAUCACGUAGCCCUGUGCCAUGCUCCUGGCCAGGUAGAGCACUUGGAACUGCUUGGAAGAAUCAGAUCGUGGGUUGUCUUCUGCAUGCCUCCCGACCAUGGGACCCAGUAGUCACCAUGGGGCAGCAUGGGCAGAAGGAUGAGCUUCCCCUACUGUUUCAGACCCUGAUUGCUCUUAGCCCCCAUGGUUUGCACACCCUCAUUCUUUCAGUUAGAGGUUAGAACUUUGUCAUCCACCCUGUAGAAGUGCAGUAUCUUGAAUUCCAGUUUUUCUGUUCCCUGAUGGAAAGAGAUAUUUUAAAAAAAAAUCAGAAAAGGUCUUAUUUCAUUUACAGUUGGCUUUGCUUUAAUAUUUCUACUGUGCUGUUACAGAGAUCUGAAUGGUUUACAAAGCUGAAGCUGAAGUCUGAUCUUCAGUUUUCUAUUGUAAAUGCCUUUUUAGAAACAAAAGAAAGAAAAUUGCACCAGUGAUCUUGAAUACUGAGGAGCUCACUGCUAGGUGAACUCAGCUUGGUUCUCAGUGGAGCAAGGGCUUCCUGGGCUUUUCAGUGACUGAGAGGACUACCAGGCAGAGCGUAUGUGCAGUAAGGAGCACCAGCAGCUUUGUUUAACUGUGAGGAAUGUACCAGAAAAUGCCACAAGAGCAGAUGCCCUGGUGGUAGCAGGGCAUUGGGGGCACCUAGCAGAGAUGCACACUGCUUCUUCAGCUCAGGGGUCUCCCACCCCUUGCCCUCCUUUUCCAUGACUUCUAUGGGAGCCCACCACGCCAUGCAGUUCCUUCCCAAGGCCGGACUGCUGAGGAGAGGACCCUUCUGCAGUUUCCAUGGGUUCCUCUCCUAUGGGCAUGGAAAAGCCCCAGGUGGAGGUGACAGCCCCACUGUGCACUGUACAUCUUGUACUUAUUAGACCAGCUAGGUUAUUUUAGUUUUAAUAUCCCAUUCCAUCAGUUCAGUUAGAAAUGAAUUUUUCAGGGAACUGUACAGGAUCCUCUGCAAGGGCAUACACUGCAAUAAGAGAUUUCUGUGUUCUGUGCCUGGUCCGAGAAUCAUGUGAACCUGUUUCUCAGUGAAACAGAGGCUGCCCUCUCUGCUGCCCCGUGUGCUGCGCACCUCAGUCCUUUCUUCCUACGACAACAGUGGUGGCAUGGGAUCCCCAAGAGAAUGUGUAUGUGAAGGAGAAAAAUAAACAUUUUUGCUUGAAAACACUGUGAAACAACAUCUUUUUCUUACCCUCUGUCCAUGUAAAAGCCAGACUGACCAACCUCCUAGAAAAAAGAGGUGUGGGGAGCCAGGCCAGCUUGUCCUGGACUCUGCUCUGAGCCUGGAGCCAUGCUUACCUCCACCCUGGAUGGGAGUGCUGGUGGGGCUGGGGACCAAGCACUGGACCUCUGGCGGGGUUGCCUUUCCCCAGCACUAUACCUACAGGGUGUGACCCGGAUACCCAGGAUGCCAAGCUCUGCCAUCCCCUGUGCUGAAUAACUUUUAGAAGUGCGUAUGGAGGGGUGAGUCUCACGGUCACAUGGACUACAUCUUCACCCUGUCCCUGUUGGUGGUGGUUCCCAUGAAGCCAGGCUUACAUGGCUCCUGGUGGACCAAGCACUGAGCAGGUGGGGUCCCCUCUUUCAGGUUCUUGUCCAGAGGAAGAGUUCGGGCUGUGGUUAUCAUGGCUCAUGUGAAGGGUGCUGGCCUUCCUGCUAGGCACAGGGCUGUAGGGAAGGUGGUGGUUUGGGGAAAGAAUAACUUCAUAUGGUGCCAGAGCUGCUUUCUCUUGCACAUGCAAUGUGGGCCUAUCCCUGAUGACUCUGAGGUCUGUAGUCCACCUGGGCCCCUACAGUUAGGGGUGGCUGCCUGUGUGGCCUUGCUGCCUUCCCAUUAUGACGAAGCAGCAGCCUUCAUACCUCUGCUGCGGGACAAGGGACAUUCCACCCCAUAGCCAGCACACCCCCCCACAGCUACCACACAGCACCUUACCUUGGCACUGCCCUUGGAGGGAGGCAGGGAAAAUUUGUGGUCUCUGGUCUCCCAGCUACCCAAGGGGCCAAAGGGUCACUCACUGCCAGGCACUCUGGUUUUGUAGUCAUUCUGAGUACCUGGCUGUCACAGAGAAAAUGGCCAGGUAGCAUGCUGGUGGGCUCUGUGCUGAGGACAGGACUUGGUACAGCGCAUGUUCAUGGCAGACUGGCCCACCUCUGGCCUUGCUCUUUUACUUCUGAUUUAGCAGCUCCCAGGACAGUGGGCUGUGCUACAGAGGGCCGUAACAAGUGAGCUGUGGC